GCAGAUUAAAGACCUGCUGAUGUAAAUAUUCACAUAUUCAAUAUUUUUACGCUUAACACCGGAUGGUGAUGUGAUUUUCCAAAUUAUUCUAGAAAACAGAUUUGUGGAUGAUGACCAGGCCGACUUGUGCGCCAUUUUAUUCGGAUUUCACGGAUGUUUAAGUUGAAGAAAUAGUAUAAAAUGCUGCGGGUGGGGUGACUAAGAUGAGGAAGAGGAGGCAGAAGUGUGUCUUUAUGGCAACACCUGUCGUCUGAUUGUUGGAUAGCUGCUCCUGCGCUUCUGCCGGAGAUGGAGCCGCUUUCAUUCUGCGUUUACAAAAGACGAGAAACGCGAGCGGUGGAUGAAUAUCUGAGUGAUUUCAGAGUGAUUUCCAGGCUUUCCUUCGAGCUCAAUGACAGGGGGAUCUGAAGGGGGAAGGUGGAGGAAUGGAGAGUGCCAGUCAGCUCAAACCUACGCCUGUCAUCUACGGAGAGCUGUUGAACAUCUCCACCAACUACACCCAUGCUAAUUUCACGACGAAGCCGGAGGUGAAGGGCACUAACCUGGCUUUCCAGGCGGGUCUAGGGGUGACCUUAGCGCUCAUAACUUUCGCCACGACGCUUUCAAACGCAUUCGUCAUCGCCACCAUUUACCAAUCCAGAAAAUUACACACCCCGGCAAACUUUCUGAUCGCCUCUCUGGCGGUCACGGACCUUCUAGUGUCCAUCUUGGUGAUGCCCAUCAGCGCGCUUUACACGGUGAGCCAGACCUGGACUCUGGGACAGGUCGUUUGUGACAUCUGGCUCUCCUCGGAUAUAACGUGUUGCACCGCAUCUAUCCUGCACCUGUGCGUAAUUGCGCUGGACCGCUACUGGGCCAUCACGGACGCGGUGGAGUACGCCAAAAAGCGCACGCCAGGGCGCGCAGCCGGGAUGAUCGCCACCGCCUGGGUGAUCGCCAUCUCCAUUUCCCUGCCGCCUUUCUUUUGGCGCCAGGUUAAGGCAGAAGAGGUGACGAGUUGCAACGUGAACACCGACCACAUUUUUUACACAAUCUACUCCACCUUCGGCGCUUUUUACAUCCCCACGCUGCUGCUCAUCGCCCUGUACGGGAGGAUUUACGUGGAAGCCCGAAAACGCAUCCUGAAGCAGUCGCACAAUAAGCCGGGGAAGAGACUCACCUCGGCGCACCUAAUCACCAACUCCCCCGGGUCGGUGGCGUCCACCACAUCUCUAAACUACGGGACGAACGACACCUCAUCCUGUGACACUACCUCGUCCGCAAACGUGAGCCAAGUCAAAGUCACUGUGUCCGACUCGCUGCUGGAGAAGAAGCGCAUCUCCGCUGCCAGGGAGAGGAAGGCGACCAAAACUUUGGGGAUAAUCCUUGGAGCCUACAUCAUAUGCUGGCUCCCGUUUUUCAUUUACACUCUUCUAGUGCCUGUCUGCGAGUCCUGCUUCCACCCGGAGCUAUUUGACAUUUUCACCUGGUUGGGUUACCUCAACUCCUUAAUCAACCCCAUUAUUUACACCAUGUCCAACGAGGACUUCAAGCAGGCGUUCCACAAACUAAUACGGUUUAGAUGCUGCAGGGCAUGAACGACAAUUACCAGCUUCAAUUCCCCCCCCCCCCCGCCCCCGCCUCAAACCCAUCUCCAACCAUCUGUAUAAUGCCAGAACUGAAUCACGGCCACCAUAGCCCACAUCUCACUCCCCAGGAUUUUCGAGAGGGCACCCUCAUCAACACCCAGAUUGUUUAUGGUGACGUGGCUGCAGGGUGAGCUUCUACCAGAUGGAUGGUGCAGAGGACAGCUGCCAUCCAGUCGGCACUAUGGCACAGUGAAAGAGUGGCAUUUUUUAACCAGUGGAAUUAAAAAUGCUGCUGGCGUACAGGACAAAAUGUUAUGAUGUGGAGGCUCUGUGACUGGUUUUUACAAUGACUUGGAGAAAGUCCAUAGCCCCAGGCGCAGGGGCCCCACCUGUAUGUGCUGCACUGGACUGUAGCCUACAGACUCACUUUGCCAUACAAGUUUGACAGUCAACAUCAGUUGGCUUCUAAGCACAAACAGCUUAGCACUUAGCUACCAUGAGCCCCAAGGGCAAAAAAUAAGAUUUGUGUUUCAUUUUCCUGAGUCAAUAAGGGGAAAUACUGGUGCCUACAACAAGUAGUUUAGCUCCUCUGAUAUACCUGGCCCAGAUGGAGAUGAAGGCAUGAUUUUAAUUUGAGAAACAGAUGAGAUUUUGGUUCAUUCUUGUGGCCAGUGUAUGUGUUUUCUUUUCUUUUCUUGCUGUGGGUGAGAUGUACUUUAAUCAAGACUCCAAAACGAGUGUAAAUGUAUGAAUCUGUGAGAAUUCCUGUGAUUUUUACCUUCAUUUGCUAGAAGAGUCUGGAUGUGGCCAGUGGAGGGUAUCAUACUGUAAAAUAGUGUUAAAUGUUCCAUCCGGAAUGAAGGAAGAGGCAGUACUGCAAAACCGAUUGUAUCUACUAGUGCAAGAAGUAUUUUUAAUUGUUAAUAUUCACUUUGAUGUUCCAUUUCAUAUCAGACCAAACAAAUUCAGAUCCAGCUCCAAAUCUACAGCAAAUCCUACUGCAGUGAUUUCUUCGCUUUUGUUGUGGAAGAUGCUAAAUACAUUAAAUUUAAAGGUAGAAAAUGUCAUAUUCUGAUCAGCAUCACCUUCUUCCCCCCAUAAACCGUCAGAUGUUAAAUGUCAAGCUUUAGGCGCUGCUGAUCCCUUAAGAGAAGAUUUCUGGGGUUAAAAAAAUGUAAAAGUCAAACAAAAAUAUCUGUUUGCUUGCAACCUGUCAGGAAAACAACCCGUAACAACGGCAAAGUACUGGUGAUGACGCUAUAUGUGUCCAGGGCUUUAGUCGGGUGAAUUUGGGUUUCACAGUUCACAUAAUGGCUGAUUCAGCAGUUUUUUAGUUCUCAUUCAAAAAUUUGGCUAAAACCACAUUGAAUUAAAAGGGAUUUAAAUCUUAAUAGGUCUGAAUCUAUAUUCACACCAGUAUGUAAGGUGGUAACAGGGACAAAAUAUUCACAUUUUAAAUAAAUGUAGAAAUAUAUAGGUCUUAAAUAUAGCUACUUCACUGUUUUCUUUGUUUCCAUAUUCUUUUAUGUACUGUUUUUAUUUAAAUGGUUUCUUAGAGAUGACGGCGCUGCACCGGACAAAUAUCAUCUCAGUCUUAUCCGAAUCCAGGCUACAGCCCUGUGCACAUCAUGCAGUAACUUAGGGAAUCUCACCAAGUCCAUCCAUCCAUUUUCCUCCGCUUAUCCGGGACCGGGUCGCGGGGGCAGCAGUCUAAGCAAAGAUGCUCACCAAGUAAUCUCCAAAAUGUCCACCCGGUCUUAUUCACUCUUAGGCAGUAGUUUUUUAGAACUACUCUUUUUCGCUCUCUUGCUCAGAGUUAGAUGCAGGAAAGUGAUACCACUCUCUUUUCUGUGGACUCCCAGUGGACAGUUUUUGCAAAAAGGAUCAAAAUCGAUGCAGCAGAACCACAUAUGUCAAAAUCUGGCACCUACAUUACCUACAAUGCAUUUCGACUGCUGACAGUUCGGGUGGAGUGUGUUAUGGUAGUACAGUAGCAAGUCAUGUAGCCUGGAGCCUCAACCCUGCAGUGGAGGUGAGGAACAGCUACAGAGUCAGGUAAGUUCACUUGUUUCUAACUCCACACCGACAGAUGUUUUCACUUUUCAGACUUGUAGUCCUCAGACCCAGCCCACGCUGACUCAAGUGACAUCACCUGAGGACAUUUAUCAGACUUCACACAGCUGAUCUGGAGACACUAAAGACUUCAUAAUUCUUUCUCACAUAUGCAGUAGUACUCUCCGACACUGUGGAAUUCCUCUUUAAGUACUGAGCUGGAGUCAGGAAGUGAUUAGCAUAGCUUAGCAUGCAGAGUUUAAACAUACACCUAUAAACACCAUUAGAGUUCACUAACAAACACAUACAUCGUUUGUUUUAUCAAUAUAUAAAGACAAAAAAAAUGAGAACUUGUAGUUUUACUAAAACUGUUUGCUGGGAAACAAGCAGACCAGUUUCAUGUGAAAAUAUACAAUAGCUACAUUGGUCUACAGCAGAAAACAUAGUAAUGUCACAAUGACAGCUCUAAAAUUGUGACUUAUCAAAGUUUUUUGCUGACAACUGAUUGUGUCUGACGUUGUACUUUUCAUUUACCCAGGGCCUUUCCCCAACCUUAACCGUCUAGUUUCUGUGCCUAUACUUAACCAUUUAACCAUGUGACGUUAGCAUGUCACAACUGUUGAGUCAGAAAAUGUUGCAGUGUCACAAUUGUGGAGGCACAACUGUGAGACUAGUACAUUUUGUGAUCCAGAUCAUCGUAGCUGUUGUACAUUUUACUGUGAAACUGGGCUGCGUUUUUACAUUUCAGUGUGUGUAUGAAUUAAACAAAUGUGAUAUGUGCUAAUUCGUGAAUUUUGGACUUAACAGGGCCAGUUGUUUCCCCUUGCUUCCAGGCUUUAUGCUAACCUAGGCUAACCACAUCCUGAUUAUAGUUUCACAUUUACAGCCUUGAGAGUGGUAUCGGUCUUCUUCUCUGAUGCUCAGCAAGAAAGCUAAAAGAGCAUUUUUCAAAAAAUGACAAACUGGCCUGAAGUGUGGAACAUGAAAAACAUGCAUUUGUUUCCAAGAUUAAAGAGAAAAAAUGAAUAUUUGUCCCUAAAAAAUGCAGAAAGCUGCCAAAAAAAAUGGCUGCAGAGUUUCUUGCACCAGUAGAAGCAGAGUCUCGGGGGGAAAAAAAGUCCUGGUGUAUGACAAUAAUUUCGCUCACUGCAUCAAAGAUGGCUGCCGGAGAGUCUGGCUCCCACCUUGUCAUGUAACUCUGGAUCUUUUUCGGCAGCCAUGUUGGGCAGUGUGGCCAUGCUGCAGUCAUCCUGCUCUAUUCCAGCUCUGUCGUGAGUAGCCUCUCUGUGUACAGUAUUGAUUUGCUCAGUGUGAAACUCAUCUGGUGGCUCUGUCAGUCCAGUGGAAGUUGCAUUUCAUCCAGGUUAGCUUCUGCUGUACAAUGCUUCUGCACACGUAGGUGAUGCAUUGUAACUGUUCUGCUCUGGAGGAUGAAAUCCAACUGACUGGGAGCACACAAACGCACUGCUGCUGUCGUGAAAACUGAAAAAAUAAAAUCAAUCAAUCAAUAAAAAGGCCUAUGAUAUCACUGAGUUAUGAUAGUUUUCCCACAUGCUCUGAGUUUUCUAAUUAAGUAUCUGUUUUAUUAUGAAAAGCACUGUUAGUCACUAUCAGAAUCUGCUGUGGUAUUUGGUUUUGGUGAAGAUAAAACAUUUCACAGAUGUGAACUGAUGGAUGUGCUGUGUGAUAGUAUUAACGCUUUGUAACUUCAUUAAUCAGCAGGGACGAAAUCUAACUACAAGGGAAAUGUCACUGAUGAAUGUCUAAUGAACAAAACGCCUGCUUCCUUUUUGCAUCUUCUGCUGCAUAUCUGCACCACGAGGGGGUUUAUACUGCAUAUUACUGUGCACAUCUGAGCAUACGUACAGUACAGUGAGGCCUUCAGUGUGGUGGUUUAGUACAGU